AUGGAUAAUGCAAACUUGUGGACCCGCCGGACAAACUCCUCCAAAUUGUCCCUGUCAACGUCCGGGACCGAACCUAAAGACGGCACCCGUGUCGAAUUGCCCCGCCCAUCCAAGCGAUUCGGACCUGACAGCUCGCAUGGCCGCUCAAACCCUUUUAACGCAAUAUCCCCAUUAUCUGCCGGUGUAUCCUCGCCAUCAACCAAUGCUUCAUCCGCCUUUGGUCUAGGAUCCGGCGCAUUUGCCUCAUUCGGUGCGCCGAAGACUCCCGGUGGCUCCGAGUUGAAAACACCCGGUGACCGACGGGACGUACUGCUGGAGCAUGAGGCACAGAACGCUUUUGACCACCAAGUUAUCUCUGCUCCUGGUGAGCAUGCGCUCAAGUCCACAUGGAUCGUCUGGUAUCGCCCUCCCACACCUAAAUAUUCCGACUAUGAAAAAUCCACUGUGCCGCUGGCUUCGAUAUCCUCCGUAGAGAGCUUCUGGGCUGUCUACUCCCAUCUCAAGCGCCCUUCUCUUCUCCCUACAGUGUCCGACUACCACAUUUUCAAGAAGGGCAUUCGGCCCGUCUGGGAAGAUGAGGCGAACAAGCGGGGAGGUAAGUGGAUUGUGCGCUUCAAGAAGGGUGUCUCGGACCGUUACUGGGAGGAUCUCCUCUUGGCUAUGGUUGGAGAUCAAUUUGCGGAGGCUGGGGAUGAAGUCUGCGGUGCAGUGUUGAGCGUCCGAGGUGGCGAGGACGUCUUGAGUGUCUGGACGAGAAUUGACGGGGGGCGCAACAUUAAGAUCAGGGAAACAAUUAAGCGCCUGCUAGCAUUCCCAACAGACACCAACAUCAUUUGGAAGAGUCAUGACGACAGCAUUGCACAGCGAUCUGCCAUUGACCAAGCUCGUCAUGAGAAGACCGUAACCGGUACUGGUCAUCAAGAACGACGACGUCCGGGCCAAGACGACUCAGAGAAGGGCAAAGUGGCCGUGGACCUAUGA